AUGUCUUUUAAGAACAGAGGAGAUUACUAUUAUACUCCAAGAAAUGUAAUUUCAAGAAACUCUGUAUUUUUCUUGUGCUUCGCAAGUUUCUGCCUUGGAAUGAUCUUCACUAACAGGAUGUGGAAUGUACCUGAAGCUAGAGGCCUUUCAAGACUGUCAAAACUAAGCUUAAGAUCCGGUGAUUGCAAUAAAAAAAAUAUUUUGGACUACGGUAACAACACUAUCGAGAUCUUAGAUAAAUCCAUUUCAAGUUUAGAGAUGAAAUUAGUAGCUGCUAGAGCGGAACGCGAGUCGUUGACUGGAAAAUUUAACAUUUUGAAAGAAAACCAGAAAAGAAAAUACUUCAUGGUUAUCGGUAUUAACACGGCCUUUAGUAGUCGUAAGAGACGUGACUCGGUCCGGUCAACAUGGAUGCCACAAGGUGAGAAGCUUAAGAAACUUGAGGAAGAGAAAGGCAUCAUUGUCCGCUUUGUUAUAGGACACAGUGUGUUGUCUCGCGGGAUUCUUGAGAAAGCCAUUGAAGCAGAGGAGAAAACACAUGGAGAUUUCUUGAGACUGGAACAUACCGAGGGAUACAUGGAGUUAUCCGCCAAGACAAAGACGUUUUUCGCUACUGCUGUUUCCUUGUGGGAUGCAGAAUUCUACAUCAAAGUUGACGAUGACGUUCAUGUGAAUCUUGCCAGCCUCAAGAACACUUUAUCACAGCACCGGAACAAGCCUCGGGUUUAUGUUGGUUGCAUGAAGUCCGGCCCCGUCCUAGCCAGAAAGGAUGUGAAGUACCAUGAACCGGAGCAUUGGAAGUUUGGGGAGGUGGGGAACAAGUAUUUCCGCCAUGCCACGGGACAGUUUUACGCCAUAUCUAAAGAUCUAGCUACUUACAUAUUGAUAAAUCAGGACUUACUACAUAAGUAUGCAAAUGAGGAUGUUUCUUUGGGAUCUUGGUUCAUUGGAUUGAAUGUAGAACAUGUAAAUGACAAAAGACUCUGUUGCAGUACUUCCCCUGAAGAUUGUGAACUAAAAGCAGUUACGGGUAAUGUUUGUGCGGCAUCGUUCGACUGGAGAUGCAGCGGAAUCUGUCGAUCGGCCGAGCGAAUGGCCGUUGUUCACGAACGUUGUGGUGAACCUGAAAAUGCGUUAUGGACAUCAAAAUUUUCUUGA